GACAGUGGCCAGUCAGCAGUUUUGAGAAGUGUUAGUGUGUGAAUGAACGUUACUCUACUUACUACUACGUUACUGUGACUGCUCUACAGUCUCUCCUCCAGAUUUCAGUGGUUCUUAUGUGUGUUUUUGGAACUGCCUCACUGUGAAUGCAGUUGAACAUGUUUGCGUCCACAUUGCUCUGUAGGCUGGAGGAGGAGCUGCAGACAGGGGGAAAGUGAAAGUGAAGGUGAAAGUCAGACUGCCAGGCGCCAUUUCUCAGCUGGACAGAGGAGUAGGACAGGGCUGGAGAAGAUGAGUGGCUUAAAAGAUGAGGAAGAGGACACAUCUCCAGUCCCCAGCUGUCUGUCUCUGAAGAGUGACCGGUCUAUGUCUGAACCUAUACACUUCAGUGAUGAACCCGGACCCUCAGACAGGAAACGGAGAGCAGAGUCUCCAGUCCCCAGCUGUCUGUCUCUGAAGGGUGACCGGUCUAAAGAUCAACCUAUAUACUUCAGUACUGAACCCGGACCCUCAGACACAGAGAGGAAGAGUCCUGUUCCUGUGGAGGAGCAGCUGUCCAGCUGUGCUCUGUGUCAGGACGUCCUGAAGGAUCCAGUCUCUACCCGCUGUGGACACUGGUUCUGCAGACAGUGCAUCACCUCAUACUGGGAGCAGCGACCUCCAUCAGGAGACCCCUCCUGUCCCCAGUGUGGAAAAAGUUCCAGAACCAGAGCUGGACUGCAGACAGCCAGUCAGACCAGCUCUGUAGGAAAUGGUCUGCAGGAGGUCUUAGAGGAGCACAGGACGAGUCUGAGGAGGAGAUGUGAACGUGUGAGUGAAGGAACUGAUGGAAGGGAAACCCUCCUCAACAGGAUCUACACUGAGCUCUACAUCACACAAGGACGGAGUGAAGAGGUUAAUACUCAACAUGAGGUGAGGCAGCUGGAGACAGCUUCCAAGAAGAAGACCCUCCAUGACACUCCAAUCAAGUGCCAGGACAUCUUUAAAGCCUUACCUGACCAGCAGACCCACAUCAGAGCAGUCCUGACCAUCGGCAUCGCUGGCGUUGGAAAAACCUUCUCAGUGCAGAAAUUCACUCUGGACUGGGCCGAGGGUUUGGAGAACCAGGAGGUCAGUCUGGUGAUCCCGCUAUCCUUCAGGGAGCUGAACCUGAUCAAAGCUGAGCAGUACAGUCUUCUCAGGCUGCUCCAUGUUUUCCAUCCAGCCUUACAGAAGGUCACAGCAGAGCAGCUGGCUGUCUGUAAAGUGCUGUUCAUCUUUGACGGCCUGGAUGAAAGCAGACUCUCUCUGGAGUUCAGAAACAGUGAGGUUGUGUCUGAUGUCUCACAGCAGUCCUCAGUCAACGUGCUGCUGACAAACCUCAUCAGGGGGAAGCUGCUUCCCUCGGCUCUCGUCUGGAUCACUUCCAGACCUGCAACGGCCAAUCAGAUCCCUCCUGAGUGUGUGGACAGGGUGACAGAAGUACGAGGCUUCACUGACGCCCAGAAGGAGGAGUACUUCAGGAGGAGAUCCAGGGAUGAAGAACAGUCCAGCAGAAUCAUAUCUCACAUCAAGAGCUCCAGGAGCCUCCACAUCAUGUGUCAGAUCCCAGUCUUCUGCUGGAUCACUGCUGCAGUUCUGGACCACAUGUUGACUACAGACCAGAGAGGAGAGCUGCCCAAGACCCUCACUGACAUGUACUCACACUUCCUGCUGGUCCAGACAAAGAGGAAGAAGCAGGAGUACCAUGAGGGACAUGAGACGAGUCCACAGCAGCUGACGGAGGCUGACAGGGAGGUUCUUCUGAAGCUGGGGAGGCUGGCCUUUGAACAUCUGGAGACAGGAGACAUCAUGUUCUACCAAGAAGACCUGCAGCGCUGUGGUCUUGAUGUCACCGAGGCCUUGGUGCACUCAGGAGUCUGUACAGAGAUCUUCAAAAGAGAGAGUGUGAUCUUCCAGAAAACAGUCUACUGCUUUGUUCAUCUGAGCGUCCAGGAGUUCCUGGCUGCAGUCUACAUGCUGCACUGCUACACCAACAGAGACACAGCGGUACUGAAGGACUUCCUGCAGGGAGACUAUAACAGCAGGUAUAGCAGUGAUCAGGAUUACCCAUCCCUGGAUGUCUUUCUGCAGAGAGCCAUGAAGAAAUCCCUCAGAAGUGAAAAUGGCCACCUGGACCUGUUUGUCCGCUUUCUCCACGGCCUCUCUCUGGAAUCCAACCAGAGACUCUUAGGAGGCCUACUGGGUCGCAAAGACAACCGUCCAGAAAUCAUCCAGAGAGCCAUCAGCAACCUGAAGAAGAGGAGCGGUUAUGAUAUCUCUCCUGACAGGAGCAUCAACAUCUUCCACUGUCUGACAGAGAUGAAGGACCACUCAGCACAUCAGGAGAUCACAGAGUUCCUGAAGUCAGGGAACAGAUCAGAGAAGGAGCUCUCUGAGAUCCACUGCUCAGCUCUGGCCUACAUGCUGCAGAUGUCAGAGGAGGUUCUGGAUGAGUUGGACCUGAAGAAGUACAACGCAUCAAAGGAGGGACGACUGAAACUGAUUCCAGCUGUGAGGAACUGCAGGAAGGCUGUACUUACUGCCUGUGGUCUCUCAGAGACUCACUGUGAGGUGGUGGCCUCAGCUCUGAAGUCUGACCCCUCCCAUCUGAGAGAGCUGGACCUGAGUUACAACGUUAAUCUGCAGGAUUCAGGAGUGGAGCUGCUGAGUUCUGGACUAAAGAGUCCAAACUGCAGACUGGAGGCUCUCAGGUCAGUUCACUGA